CAUCUUUAAAUGUCGUACUUGUUAGCACUACAAACCGGAAAUAGGAGUAAACACACGUGCACAUCAUGAAAAACGUAAAAAAACACAACAAUAUGUCCAAAAAGCGUAAAUUCAAGCCGGGAUCCAAGAAAAGAGAAAACAAAUGCAUCAUCACGUUUGACGACAAAGACAGACAGGAUUAUUUAACUGGUUUCCAUAAACGGAAGGUGGAGAGAAGGAAAGCAGCCGUGGCAGAAAUUAAAAAGAAAAUCAAGGAAGAGCAGAUCAGAGUGCGAGAAGAAAGGCACAAAGAAUACAUCAAGAUGCUGAAGGAGAGGACAGAAGCUCUCGAGGAGGCUGAAGACGAUCUGGAGGACGCGAUAACCGGCACAACAGAGUCUGUGCAGUACGAUCACCCAAACCACACCGUCACCGUGACGACCAUCAGCGAUCUGGACCUCACAGGGGCUCACCUGCUUGGACCCGCAGCAAGUCAGGUUAAUGGGGACGACGAGGAUGAAGAAAACAGAGAGGAAGAGAAGGAGGAAACCAAAGCAAUGCCGAGAAAAGCCGGGAAUCCAAUCAUGAACAAGAAGAUCCGCUCCCUCUCUGCGUCGCUCAGCACCGUCACCAGCAAGAAGAGGAAAGGGAAGCAGAAAGUCCGAGGCGGACGAGGCCGUCAGACAGACAAGAGACCGAGUGGCUCAGAGAGUAAAAUCAGAGCUGGAAGGACCAGCCACGCGCAGAGACGCAGACAAACCGGGAAAAAGGUGCAUCAUCGGGAGUGAAAGAGAGUGUGUUUGAAACAGAGACUGAAGAGACUGUGAGAGUCCCACACUCGAACAGAUCGGACUUUGGAGUGUUUACGCUCCUGUGUUUGAGCUGGACGUGGCUCAGUAUUUCUGUCCCCGCUUCAUGAAAUCUUGUUUUUGUAGUGUCAUUUCUUAACAAACUGAUAUGUAUAAACCAAACUUUUCAUUAAAUAAAAGAUAAAUGUUGCAAAUAAGUGACGUUGUGAUGCAGCCA